GAAAAAAUGAUUUUGCAAUUGAUAUGACACCAUGGCAGAGUACGUGAAGAACAUCGCCGAAAAGGAUCCAUGGGAUCGAUGGGAGAAAAUGCACGCUCGCAACAAUGUUGGUUUCGACAGAAUCAUCUCCAAAUUGGAGAUUCUACUUCAACACUACAACUGCUCGCCGAGCUCUUCCCAUGGUGCAUCGAACUCACCCAAAUACAUCCCUACAUCAGAACCAGAACCAUUGAAUAUCAAUUUGUUGAUGCAUGAUGAAUUACGUUCACCUGCAAAACAGGUCGAGGUUCCUUCUGUUCAUGAGCAGCUAUUAAUGGAAGAAGAGAUAGUCGCUUUUGCAAAACAGAUCGAGGAUCCUUCUGUCCCCGCUAAGCCAAUUUUAGAAUCGCCGGAGCCGUAUUUUGACAACUUGGUUACUGAUUCGACGAAACUAGUAGAUGAUCUCGGCGAAUUAGCUUUUGAUAACGUGCAGAGGAUUGGAGAAUUUCGACGAGAGGAUGGGUUUGAGGUUCAAUGUGACACAAAUCUCACGGUUCAUAACAGUGGAAUUAUAGCGACACCAGAAUUGUCGAAAGCAGAGCCAAUCACAACACAUUCAGUCCAUAACGACGAUACUUCACGGCUCGACGAAUCGCAACGCAAAGUCACCGACAAUGAUGUAGCGGGAAAUCGAGGUUUAUCUCUUCAAAGUGAAAUUCCUUUUGCAUUGUAUUUGACAAGUAUAGUGAAUAAUCAUGCUAGUAGUAUGGAACCUAAGUUUCAAUUACAUUGGGAUGAUCUCUUAACUAAGCACAAGGUGGUGCUAGUGUCAAUAUAUGGAAAUUUAGCAGUUGACAUCACAGGGAUUCAAUAUGAUUCUAGGCUUAUUCCUCCUGAUGCACAAUCUAGUUUACUCAAUUUUGGCCACCAUGUGUUUGCUGAAAUGUGUGAGCAAGGUGUUCUCUCUUGGACUGGCUUAAUUCUAGGCUCUGUGGCUAGAAUUAAUGGCUGGAAUGGGAAGCAGGUUCAGUCAGACCGUACAAGCCUUGCAAGUUUCACAGAAUGGUAUGAGACACCACUACCUAAACCACCAGUUUCUGCAUUAUUGAGCCCUCUACUAUCACUUGAACCACCUAAUGGUGUAGCCGUUGAGAACCGCUUAAUGUUUCCACCGCCGCCAAAACCACCAGGUCACGGUUUUCAAUUGCAAGUGACGCGGGCAACCGCUGUUCUUCCACCACCUCCUGAGCCUCCCGAUGUAGAACACAUAGUGGUGGUUUUGCAGGGAUUUGCUACACUUAUAUUUCCUUGUUUGACUGGCUUAAGGAGCUUGUAUCGAAAUGGAUAUCGUGUGACUGACUCGAUACUUGAGAGCUUGAGCAUUUUGUCUCAACUUGUGAUUCUUCAUAAUUUUGACAGCAAAUUUUAUACCUUAGUUUCCAUAUUAAUAAUGAAGUUAGUGCAUGCAAGAACCCAACAGUGGAAUUUUCUAAAGGUUAGUAAUCAAUACAGUGGGAAAGGAAAUGUUAAUUUGGAUGAGAUGUACGCUUCUUAUGAAAACAGGGGUCUGCUAGCAGUAGUCAAUUACACUCUACAUGACUUAUUAGCAUUUCAUGCAUAUGGAGCUGAUAUCAAUCAAAAUAAAGAAAUGUGUGUUGAAGCCUUGCAACAUUUGAAAAGCUUCUGCCCUUUUGUUGAUAAUCUCAAACUAGAUAUAACUUGCAUUAAUGCAAUAGCUUCUUGUUUCUCAAGAUUUGAGUAUAGCAACUCAGAGAGUUGGCACUUGGGUAGGGAAGCCAAAGUUGAUGUUGGCUGGUGGAUAAAAUAUCUUUCAGUUUUGAGGAUUGAUAAUUUUCAAAUAGUCAUAACAAUUGAAAACUCUACAUUCUUUGUAUUCUAUUUGUCUGAUAUUCACUUUAGCAAUUACCAUGUAUGUCAUGAUGUGGAGCUUGUGAGCACUGUGGCGUUUUCACAUGCAAAGGGUUCUCUUCAAAUCUCCAAUGAGUCACUAGAUACAAAGAUGAGACAUCAAGCAACUCAAUUAUGUGGCAACACAAUCCAAUUAAUUGAGAAGCUUCAUGCUACUUUAAAUACAGCUGUGUUAUUACAUAAUUGUGGGGUAUGUGACAUGUCUAAGAUGAUUUUAGAUUGUUCUAAUUUUCUAAUUGUGGGGUAUAUAAAAACUGGUGUAUUAGACAGAAAAGUAUUGCUAUCUUUGGAGCUUGUUUCUAAAUGUUGGAUGGUUGUGGCGAUGCAAGUAGAUUAUGGAGAUUUUGAUCUUAUGAGAUUGAAUUGUGGUUGUGUCUACUGUGUUUUGAGGUUGAAGAAAAGAGACAUCACCUCCUAUUCAAGUUUAGCUGUGCUUAGUCAAUUUAGUUUGAUUCACUAUUGCUUUAGGAAUGCUCAUCUUUCUAUUUGGUUGCCUAAAUUCAAUAUUCAAGGGAACAUUGCUGAUAGUUAUGGUCUUUGUUUUCUUCUUUUGGUUACCUAUGCUACUGUUGGCAUUUGGAAGGAUGCCAAACAAUUGUGGUUGGGUGGGGCUGCAAUGAAGUGCGUGUUUGAAGGCGACUAUUGGAAAUUUGCACAACCAUUGUAUUAUGUAGAACUCAAUACUCGAAAUGGGCCGCAAUUAGCAUACAAGAAAAAUCAGAAUACACAAAAUAUUCUUGCCACUAAAAGUAACUUUGGCAAAAUUUCUCAUUGCCUAAGUGAUAAAACUUAUGCUGAUGUGCAGAUGUUUCCUUUGUCAUGGGGUGGUGCAUUUGAAUUUAGCCAUGUCAUAGUUACCUCAAUGGACUCACUGGAAGAUGAUAUUUUGGAUGGUGAUCUCAAUGCUAUUUGCAUAAACAUCAACUUCUUAACUGAGGUGGUGACGACAUCCAUUUGGACCAUUUGUAAUCAGUUUCUAAUUUCUUGUGCCCACUUCAAACAAUGGGAUCCCGGUCAGCAUUUGGAGAUGUGCACAACAAUUUGGUCCUUCAAAUUCAAGCAAUGGGAUCCGGGUAAAAUUGGUGCUAUGAGUAAUUUUUACAACCUUGAGGACAAGGUUGAUUUUAAAGGGGAGGGUAUUGUAAUGAAUCUACUAAAUUGGAUAGGCCCAAAAUAGGAGUUAGUCAACUUCAGCCCAAAAAAAAUGGGACUAUGUGGAGAAAUGAGUUAUUAUUAAUAGGGUAAUAGGAGUAUUUUGUGAGUUAUGUGAUUGGUGAAGUUGUUAUUCUUCUCUCCCAAACUCUCUUUUCACAUCUCAAAUUCCUUUGUAUUGCAACUAUUUGAUCUAAGUUCAAUAAGAAUGAUUCCUAUCUUA